AUGCUGCCGAGACAUGUUCAAAGUCUUGGUAAUCUCCUUGAGAGAGUUAGACAAGUUCAUGUUACAACACUCAGAGGUAUACAUACGCAUUUCUGUCUUUCAUACUCUACUGUGUCGACUUCCAAUGAGCUGCCAAGAAAGCUCAACAAGUCUGAGAGAAAACCAUCAGUGACAAGUUUUAAUGAGCUUAAGCGCGAAGCUAGACUGAAGAAAAAGGAGAAACAAAAGGUGCAUGAGAUUGUAUUACAACCUCCUGAAAAUGGCUUGUUGGUUAAGCAUCUGAUUCCUAUUGCUCAUGAAGUUAUUGCUGCCAGAUGUGAACUAUUAUCUAGUAAUUCAAAACUCAUCAACUACACUGCUAUUUAUACAUGCAGAACUUCCAUUCAAAUGCUUUGCAGCUUAUGUGGAGAAGUUCAUGUUGGUCAUCCUGCACAUAAAGUUAGAACAUGUGAUGUUAGAGGAAGUCCGUCAAGCAAAGAACAUAGUUGGAUCAAAGGUGGUGUUGAACAUGUUCUGCCACUUGUAGAGUCAUUUCAUCUGUAUGAUAGAAUAGGGAGGGCUGUUUCGCAUAAUGAAAUGCUUGAAGUGGACCGAAUUCCAGCAGUUGUGGAAUUGUGUGUUCAGGCAGGUUUUGACAUACCUGAGUACCCUACCAGGAGAAGGACCUUCCCUGUUUACUGUGUUGCUGAUAGGAUUAUUGAUUUUGAGAAAAGAUUUCCGAAAGAAAUUUCUGUUGGGGAAGAUAUAGAAGCACAUGGAUUUUGGUAUAAGAAAAAACGUUUCAAUGAAGACACAAAUUCUAUGGUGAUGCAUUCUGAUGAUAUCCAAGCUAUUGCUGUUCAAGGCAUGAAAGCCUGGGAAAAAAUGCGCACAGGAGCUUCAAAACUUAUGGAGAAGUAUGCUGUUCAAACUUGUGGAUAUUGUCCGGAGGUACAAGUGGGACCAAAAGGUCAUAGAGUACGAAAUUGUCAAGCUUUCAAACACCAGAUGAGGGAUGGGCAACAUGCAUGGCAGGAGGCAACAAUUAAUGAUCUGGUACCUCCAGUAUAUGUCUAUCACAUUCGGGAUCAGCAACCUAGGAAACCUUUAGUAAAUGAGUUGAAAAGGUACUAUGGUAUGCUGCCUGCAGUGGUUGAGCUAUUUGCUCAGGCUGGGGCACCAGUUGGACAGAAUUAUGCAUGUAUGAUGAGGGAAGAUGUUGUAAUCCCUGAAAUGGAUGAGGAAAAGUGGGUUGUUUAA